UAGGGUUUAGCGUCAUUGCAAUCAACAAGGAUUGAAUCAGGAUUUCCAGAUGAAAAAUUGGCCCACUGAAUAUGUAACGGGUUAUUGCAGCAGACACGGGAGAAAAUUGAAUUGAGAAGUAGAAUAAACUUCAUGUUCACUUAGUUUCCAAAGCCUUGGACUAAAUUCAUGGUCGAUGUCGGAAAAGGUCAACUGAAAUAAUAAAAUGACGGCUCCUUAGAGGUCACUUGACCCUUCGCGUAGGGUCUUAAAUAUCGUAUCGUUCGCCCUUGCCUUACGCUAUUUUCAUCAUUGCUUCCGUCCCAUCCCAAUGUACCGAUACAAUGGGGUUCUAUCUAUCGAAGCCCCAGCUUCAAAAACGGCACUCUGGUCCCAUUGAUACGGCCACUAGAGACCGAAAGACUUAUCAGCAGAGCUGCAGCGGAUUAUCUGUUUUCGAUAGUCUAUAUUCGACACAGUCCCUCAUGCCUGUUACCCAUGCUCAUGACCCCUUAGCCCGCGAAAAGGAAGAUGAACACCCCACAUUCCCUUUGUUGUCUUUCAUCUGGGACCCUGAAUCCCCUCCCGAGUACCCAGAAGAUGAGGAUGCGAUCAAAUUUCUUCCCUUGGAGAGGGGUUUCCAAUGGGUGAGCCAAUUACCCGGCUGUCGUCAAUCAAAGCAUUGGGGAAGCACAAAGAAGGUGACCAUGCAGUUUCUGGAUGAAAUUCACACAAGUAUGAAAAAUAGUGUGUCAAAAUUACCAGAGGAGUUGCAGCAGAGAUCCGAUAAUAUUGAACGUGCAAAAAAGGAGCAAGAUCUUAUAGAAACAGCAGUAAGAUCAAUAACACACAUGAUGCCCGAUGCAAGCGCGGUCAGGUCAGGAAUCAUUGCACAGUCUAUGUUAAUCAUUUUCCUCCACAAUGAUGUGGUUGAACUAGAUCCUUCGCAAGCAGGCCACACAGUCGCAGAUGAAAUUAUGCAUCUCUGGAGAGAAAGCACCGAUGGGGAGCUGCAGAUUCCGGAAGCAACACUUCAGGGGGGGAAUUUCCUUCACAGUUUCACAAAGCGUGUUCUGGAAGAAGACCCAAUCAGCGGCAAGGAGCUCUUGAAAGGCGCUUACCGAUGGGUGGUCUUCACUCGAGGAUAUAAGACUAUCCCGCCGAGCACUUUUGAGAGCCUGCGGAGCUAUCUAGAUUACCGCGAUAUUGACAUUGGGAAUGAUCUCCUCCUAGGACAAGUGGCCUUUGCUUGUGACGUCCGGUUUUGUGAAGAGGACAAAGCUAUAUUGAAAAACCUGAUCCGGCUCUGGGAAGACCACAUUUCUCUUGUCAAUGAUCUAUACUCCUUUCACAAAGAAUACGAAAAGUCAAAAUCUGGCUGGCUGAUACUGAAUGCCAUUGAUGUGAUCCGGAAGACGAAUGGGGUUUCGACCUUCACCGCGAAGAAAAUAGCCCGAGAAAUUAUAUUCGACCUGGAAAUCCAGUUUUACAAAGAAUUUAAGAGACUCCUGGAUCAUAGCUUGCUGAACUCUUGUCAGGAAAAGUUGGCGAAAGGAAUCGCGAAAUGUAUGGCAGGGCAUGUCUAUUACUCUGUCACCAACCCUCGUUAUAGUGGACCAGGAACAACAGUAUUCAAUAGCACAGAUUAGAGGAGAGAUUAAGCUUAAGGAUUCAGCA